AUGGAACGCGUCGAGGCGACACUGAGCUACAUCAAGUCCCAUCUAGAGACCGAAAUGUCACAACCUGUCAUUCCACCGAGCAGAAUGAACGUUGAGGAAUGGUUGCAAGAUGGCGAGGAGGCGUUAGAAGAUAUUUCCAACGGACUGUCCGAAUUGGGCAGUGAUAAAACAACGGUGAGCGCCCUUAAGGAGUGUGCCGUAGCUACGGAAGAACUGCAAACGUUUUGCAAUAUUUUGGAGACUGAUAUUAAAGCGUUUGACGAAAGUACUGCCUCAAUCAGCAACCAGGUCGAACAGCUCGAGGGACUUUUUCAAAAAUUCGACCAUCUCUUCCAAUUUAUUCGACAGGCCAAAAUUACUCGUGAUUGGCCGUAA